UCCACCCGCCCCCAGUCCAAUAGAGAGCGCUUCUUCUUCUUCCUGUCGUCAGAUGCAAAAUCGCCAGUACCAAACCUCCAAGCGCCGCUCCGGCCGCCUAUUGCCAUGGGGAAGGAAGAGAUUGGGGUCUUUGCUCCGCCAGGUGCCCCACCAUGCUGUAUGGGGAGCUCCGCCUCUGCAAACAAAUACUAAAAGUAUACUGUCUCCAUCUCCUUCUGCCUUUUGCUUUCAUGUUUGAUCCCCUUCUCCUUCAUAUUUUUCCUCGCUAUACUCUCGCCUGGUCUUCGAUCUCGCCAAGUUCUAGAUCGGCGCCGUUUUGGUCGCGGAGGCGUGAUCUUUCUUGUUGAUUAGGGUUCUUUGCGUUCCCUAUGGUCGGAGGUUCGCCUAAUUUAGCUGGCAAUAGAAUUGCGUUAGUGAAUGAAUUGCAAGUUUGGAUCUUUCUUGCAUCAAAUGGUUGAGCAAGGCAAAUCACGAGGCCCUCCGGCGAAGGCGAAGAAAUCGCUGCUUGUGGAGGUUGACAAGAUUGGCCAGGCGGGCGGGGUUGUGUUUGCAAGAGAAUCACCACUGGCGCCCAAGAACGACCAAGGAUGCAGCGUCAGCUAUAGUCAUGGGGAUGAUGAAACCCAGGAAUUAGGUGGGGGUGUGCAAAAUGGGUGGGUCGACUUUGGGCAUUCCCUGCAGCUGCUGCUGUUCUCACGGCAGUGGGGCCUCGCUGAGAGUCUUGUUGCUCUAGCAGAUCAGCAGUCGCUGCUGGAUUAUGGCCUGUCAGUUGCCCUUGACGCCAUAUGGUUCUUGCGGAUGAAGCAGGAUCUUGAGGGGCUCAAUGGUCUGAUAGCGAAGAUUGUGGCCUCGGGAGCAAAGGAUUUUGCAAGAGCAAUCCUCAGAACGUCACUACUUGCAUCUUGUGUUGCAGCUUGCCAAAGCAAGGCUAUCUCUGUGGGUGAUAGCAUGGAGAUCGUCGCCGACAGAUUGCAUGACCGUCUGCGGGAUUGUCCUGGUGCCGACCAUCUGAAAGUUGAGGCAGGUGCCAAAGUGCAGAAGUUUAUGGAAUGGGCUUUGCAGUGUAUUCAUAUGCAUCAUUGUUCUGAAGAGACACAAAGGUACAGAUGGAACUGCAACACUCUCCGAGAGGUGCAGCUCCAUUUGUCAGCAUUUAGAGUCUUUUUGGACAUAGCUGGUGACAAUCUCAGUGGCAAGAUUUUCACCGAGGCAUUUGAUGCGGCCUGCUUCCCACUUACACUAUUCUCAAGUUUAUUUGAACCUGGAUGGUCUUCUGGGAGUUCAGCAGUCUCCAUUAAGGGUCUUUUAUCAUUGCUGGUGGAAGGAGGCGCUGACAAUGUAAAUCAGUGCUUCCUGGAAGCAGCACGCUUUGGAAGUACUGAGCUUGUACGUAUUCUGCUGGAGAUUGCAUAUCAGAACAGCUUGGCUGUGGACAUUGACCUGGCUCUAGUGUAUGCUUCUCAUUACUGCAAGUUGGACACAAUGGCAUGCUUGGUUGAUGAAGGGAAUGCAUCCUCUUUCCUUGGUCCUCUGAUAAAAGCUGCUGAGCGUGGGUGCUUGCAGGUCAUCCACUGGUUUGUCAAUCGAGGUGUUUCUGAGAUUGAGAUGUGCCUCGCCCUCACAACCGCUGCCUCCAGUGGCCAUUUCACGGUGGCAUCCUACCUACUUGAACAGAUCCCCCAGCAGAUCCUCGAAGCUCUCAGCACACAGAUCCUGAAAGCUGCUCAUGGCCAGGGCAGCGGAUCGCUCAACGGCGUUGCCUUCCUCCUGAGGUCCAACUUCCUAAGAGACGCUGCCGCAACAUAUGAGGCGGCAGACCUCAUCGCGAGGGGGGCCACCAACGGCGAGCCCCCCGACCUGGUCGCAUUCCUGAAAGAGCACUGGUCUCAGGAUGCCUUCGCCGAAGGGGUGAGCGCUGGCAAGGCGCAUUUCGUGAACGUCAUGAGGGUCCUCAGGAGAGGCGCGUCCCCUGUCUGCCUGGAUGCCCUCCCAUCGCAGAUGGUGCUCGGCAUUGCCUACCUGCCCCUGUACCGGGCGUGUGUGAGCGAGGCGGGCGGGCAGCUGCUGCCGCAGAGACUGAGGGGUGAGCUGGUGGAGGCGACGGGCCGACUCGGGGAGCAGGCUGGCGCGGAGAGCCAGGGGAAGGAUCUGGUGAUGGCUCUGGAGCGCCACAUGCCGUCCUUCUUGGUUGGAUCUUGAGAGGUUUACCAAGUGUAAAUAAGCUUAUUAAACAUUGUAUGGUCCUUAUUAAGUUGUGUAAGAGUGUACAAAACAGUGUGUAGCUGCCAAAAUCCCAGCCUUCCAGCGGACUGGUGGUAGCAAUAGUUUUGGUGCGUCACAGGCCUCAUGGUCAUGUACAAAGUGCUUUUGUAAGAAGAGAAGUUUGUCUA